GUUGUUUUCUGUCCUAAUGAAAACUCUUCAAUCAGCACUAUUAUUAUCAAGAUGAUGAUAAAGGGAAGGAUGCCUACAGGAAAUGUGCGUUGUAAAGGCAUGACAGAUCGUGUUUGGUCUUUGCAACACACCUUUGAGGGAGAAAGCGACACACGGGAGAAGCAUGUCGUGGGUGAAGUCCUUUCUGGUGAGCCUUUCUCGGAGGAAGCCCAUUGAACCCGAUGGGGAGCAGUCCACCUUUAACCGAUGCCUGACCACUCUGGACCUGGUGGCCCUGGGAGUGGGCAGCACCCUGGGGGCUGGAGUGUACGUCCUCUCCGGAGAGGUGGCCAGGGACACCGCUGGACCCAGCAUCAUCAUUUCUUUCUUGAUAGCGGCGUUGGCAUCCAUAUUUGCCGGCCUGUGCUAUGCAGAGUUUGGAUCCCGCGUUCCCAAAACAGGCUCGGCUUACCUGUACAGCUAUGUGACUGUUGGAGAGCUCCUGGCUUUCAUUACCGGCUGGAAUCUGCUUCUCUCCUAUGUCAUAGGAACGUCCAGUGUUGCACUGGCGUGGAGCGGGACAUUUGAUGACCUUAUUGGAGGGGUCAUAUCUAAAUAUUUUGAAGAAAAUGCCUCCAUGGGGUUGCCUGGACUGGCCCCGUACCCGGAUAUCUUUGCUGCGGCUCUCAUCCUGCUCCUCUCAGGGGUUCUGGCAUUUGGGGUGAAAGAGUCGACCACCAUUAACAAGAUCUUCACAGCCAUCAACAUCCUGGUGCUGCUGUUUGUGACCAUUUCUGGGUUCAUAAAGGGAAACAUCGACAACUGGUACAUCAGCGAAGAGGUUCUGUUGAACGCCACAGCAGACGAGAAAAACUUGAGCUCCAUCGUCAAUGUGACCAGUGGUUUUGGAACUGGUGGAUUUUUUCCUUAUGGCUUUGGUGGAACUCUGGCAGGAGCAGCAACAUGUUUCUAUGCUUUUGUUGGAUUUGAUUGCAUCGCUACAACAGGUGAGGAAGUGAAGAACCCUCAGAAGUCUGUCCCCGUGGGCAUCGUGGCCUCUCUUUUGAUCUGCUUUCUGGCCUACUUUGCUGUCUCUGCCGCUCUCACCCUGAUGAUGCCCUAUUACUUGCUGAAUGAAAAGAGCCCCCUGCCCGUGGCCUUUGAAUAUGUCGGUUGGGGUCCUGCCAAAUAUGUUGUGUCUGUGGGAUCUUUGUGUGCCCUCUCCACCAGCCUUCUGGGCUCCAUGUUCCCGAUGCCACGAGUACUGUUUGCCAUGGCUAGAGAUGGAUUGCUCUUUCAGCCUUUGACCAAAGUCACCGCUAAGGGUAGUCCUGCCAUAGCAACCAUAGCAUCAGGAGUAGUGGCAGCUAUUAUGGCUCUCCUGUUUGACCUGGAGGCCUUGGUGGAAAUGAUGUCCAUUGGAACUCUAUUUGCUUAUACACUUGUAGCAAUAUGCAUCCUAAUACUGAGGUACCAAGUGGGUUCAAGUGAAGAUGCCGAUUUCCAAAUGAAAGAAUUAGACUCCAAGUUCAACCUGUUGAAGCCUCCGUCAUUUCCCACUUCAAAAACUUCAAAAACAGUCACAAUCUUGACUGUAAUUUCUGUUCUGUUUGUGUUGGCAUUGUGCCUUACCCUCACUCAAGCCAUUGAUGCCAUCGCUAAUCUAGAAGCAUGGAGCAUCGUGCUUGUCUGCAUUUUCUCCCUGGCCCUGGUGGUCAUCCUGCUCCUCAUAUGGAGACAACCACAAAAUUCCAGCAAGGCAUCGUUCAUGGUACCUUUACUUCCUGCUCUGCCAUUAGUAAGCACACUCAUCAAUGUUUACCUGAUGGUUCAGUUGGGCGGAGCGACCUGGCUGCGAUACGCUAUCUGGAUGUUAGUCGGGCUGGUUAUCUACUUUGGUUAUGGAAUCCGUUGCAGCGUUCAGAGGAAGCGCCUCAAGGCCGACAAGGAGAUCGAAACAAUCAGCAACAAAACAGACAUCAUCAAAGAAGAAAAGUUUUAAGUGAGGAGCUUCUUCAGUUCAGUUUUAUAUGCACCAGUGCUGGUUUUCAUUUAGAGACUAAUGUGCGGUGCUAAAGUGUAGAUAUCUUGCCAAACUUUUGUCAUGUUUUUUAUUUGAAAUUGUUUUACACAAAGACUCUUUUUUAUGUCUUAAUUGAGUAUGUAACCUCAUUCAAAAUAAAAGCAUUGAAUUACUUUGCACUUGUUAAAUGUUGUACAAAAAGGGCAUUAUAUUUCUCCAAUAUAUUUGUUUAAAGCCAAAACAAAUAGGUGUGCACUUUUUAUUAAACACAAGUUGGAUUUGUAUGUUGUAAUGAGCAGCUUCUUCAAUAAGGUAGAGAAAUCAUAUAUAUCAUCAAUUAUUAAUUGAAAUAACAUGUUUUAUUUUUUACAAAUUAAAAUAUUAAAUUAAUGCAUUUAUUUUAACUCAUAAAAUGUUUUAAAUUGUUGCAUUUCUUUACCUUUUCAUGAGAUUCUAACAUUGGACUAAAGUUGUUGCACAAUGUAAAUAAAUACAUUCCGACGUAUGGUUUGUUUUAUUUGUGUAAAAUGAGCUGUAACAACAAGUUUCUGUUUCUGAAUGUAAAUAUGGACUCUAUGUAUGUGAAAUUGCAUUGUUAUAAGCAUUCCCUAAAUAAAAAAAAGGAAAACUAAUCUAUUGUA